AUGUCGGACAUCCCGGAGGAUUUGAUCGCCGACGUUCUCUCUCGGCUUCCAGUGGAGUGUCUGCUACGGUUCAGUGCAAUCUUUUCCGUAGCGAUAGACUCUCUUGUUGAUAUCCUGAAACAUGAUGACGAUAUUCUUCCACCAGCAUUCCACUUGCAUGAUCUGAAAUUAAAGUCCUAUGGUAUAAUAGGUUCUUGCAAUGGCUUGAUGUGUUUGUAUUCUCUUAGGUCUGGAACCCCCAUUUUGUUAAACCCUUCCACCAAGAAAUACCAACUUUUACCUCCAGUGCCAAAACCUUCUUUCAGAUACAGUCGUUUCCAUGAAUUUUAUGGAUUUGGGUAUGAUCCUGUGAAUGACGAUUACAAGAUUGUAAGGAUUGCUAGAUAUUUGGAUGAUCAACAUUUCCCCUUCCACAAUGAAGUAAUAGUUUAUAGUUUGAGAUCGAAUAUUUGGAGGGUGAUUAGUUGCAAUUUCCCUCCUAUCACUGUUACACAGAAACCCACAUUUCUCUCUUAUGGCGUGCUUUUUAAUGGUGCCUUGCAUUGGGUAGCUACUCGCCAGCCCGGAUCACGUAUGGAUGGAUUUAUUAUUGUUGCUUUUGAUCUCGUGGAUGAGAACUAUCGGGAGGUGCAACUCCCAAACACCUCGGGUAAUCAUGGCAUGACUUUGGGGGUUUCGGGUGGAUGCUUGUUCUUCAGUUGUAUUGAUGGUGAUGAUGAUGAUAUGGUUGAAUUAUGGGUCAUGAAGGAUUACAUGGUCCACGAGUCGUGGACCAAGAUUUCUAUAGCUUUCUUGUCCCGAGUAUAUAUGAAAAAAAUUUGGGAAGUGAGAAUUUUAGAUUAUUCAAAUAGCAGCAGUGAAGUACUCUUAACACAAAUUAAUAUGACACUUUGUUGGUUAGACCUGAAAGAGCAAAAAGUUGUAGAUGUUGGCAUUGGUUCAUCUGCAGCAGAGAUAUGCAUCCCGAGCCUUGUUAAGCUUUCUUCGGAUCUUGGAACCAAUGUCUAUAAAUGUUGCUGUGGUUUAUGAAGCCUUUGUAGUACGU